GUUGUGUUUAGCUGUGCUCUAUAAAUAAAUGGAACUUCCAGUUUAAAAUAGGUCUCCAAUAGGCCUUCAGUUCACUACAGAUUAUUUCUUGAUGUUAAAACUCAGUUGUAAGUUUAAUAUAGAUGGAUAAAUAUUUUGUACGUGACUGUCAAAAGCUGUAAGUAUACUGACUUUCUCUACUGAGUAUGUAUAAUCUUUUAGUCUAUUGUUAACAAAUAAAGACAACCUGCAACACAUAGAAACUUUUUUUCUGGUAAUCACAAAAGCUCUUCAUGAUUCUGUUGUUAUGCUUAAAUGAGACUUGUCAGCAUUCCACAGGUCAACUUUGUUUCCCAAAAGUUGUGAACUGUCAGGUUCAGAGCUCUACGGCUCAGCGGAUCCUCCUCUUGGGCAGGUGAAGGUGGGGCUACACAGUCUGUAUCCUAUCAGUGACUGAGCGAUUUCUUUGGAGAUGUUUGGCUCUACAGAGGGCAGUUUAGGCAGCCAUGACAGGCCCCAUGACCCCCUUGGUAAAACAACGGGUUCAUUCUUUGCUCCGCUGCUGACCUCAUUGUCUCUUUGUGAAGUGAAAAUCCAGCGCUGCAUUCAGCUCAAUGGUCUGACAGCUGCUGGUGUGGAGCAUCUCUGCUGUGAUGGAGGUAAGUUGAUGAGAGAGUCCAGCAGCUGCUCUCAGGAAAUCCCGAAUCCCAACAACGAAAGCAUGAGUCUCAGUAGAGAUGCGGUGGCAGUGAUUGAGAACCCUGUAGUGGUCAGACAGUCUUUUCAUCCAGAGAGUCUGCAGGUGGACAUGCUCGAGUCAGACCAGAAUAACCACAGGUGCCUCAGAGAGCUGCAGUUUCUCCAUCCUGUGUCUGGCAAAGUGUCAUCUCGUAAACUAGUGAGAGUGUUUGCAGCUCUGUGUGUGCUGUGUCUGCUGGGAGGUGUUGUGGUUGGAGUUUGGUUCAUAGUGAAAUUUCUCUUAAAGCCAAACUUAUCUCAGAGCCCUGCGAGCCUGGGAGACACUAAGGACACGUCCUUCUGCAAUGUGACCGAGGACAUCUCUGUGACAGAUCCCAGGAAAGUGUUUUACAGGAUCAGUGCUGAGAACUCACUUCUGGAGAUCCAGCUGGAGAAGCUGCAGACGUGGCUGCCUGUUUGUUUCGAGAGGUGGAACUCGUCUCUGGGAACACUCGUAUGUCGACAGCUGGGCUAUCUGAGAUUAUCAAAGCACAAGGGAGUGAAUCUGACUGAUAUCGGGCCGAAUUAUACAGAUGGAUUUGUCCAAAUCACCUCAGAAUACCAAAGCAAUUUGGAGAGCUUAUGGCGCUUCAGGGGAAGCUGUAGUACAGGAAAGGUUAUAGCACUAAAAUGUUUUGAGUGCGGCACCAGAGCAAAGUUACCCAGGAUCAUUGGAGGAGUGGAAGCUGCUCUGGGCCGAUGGCCAUGGCAAGUGAGUCUCUACUACAAUAACCGUCACAUCUGUGGAGGAUCCAUUAUCACCAACCAGUGGAUAGUUACAGCUGCUCAUUGUGUGCACAAUUACAGGCUACCUCAGGUGCCCAGCUGGGUGGUUUAUGCAGGUAUCAUAACCAGCAAUUUAGCUAAACUUGCUCAAUACCAAGGCUUUGCUGUGGAGAGAAUCAUCUACAACAAGAAUUACAACCACCGGACACACGACAAUGAUAUCGCUUUGGUGAAAUUAAAAACUCCACUGAAUUUUUCAGACACUAUCAGACCUGUAUGUCUACCGCAGUAUGACCAUGAUCUACCAGGAGGAACCCAGUGCUGGAUCUCUGGUUGGGGAUAUACACAACCGGAUGAUGUUCUUAUACCAGAAGUUCUCAAAGAGGCACCCGUACCUUUAAUAAGCACAAAGAAAUGCAAUAGCUCUUGCAUGUACAAUGGAGAGAUCACCUCUCGAAUGCUCUGCGCAGGAUACUCUGAAGGAAAAGUAGACGCAUGUCAGGGGGACAGUGGUGGUCCUCUGGUUUGCCAGGAUGAAAAUGUCUGGAGGCUGGUUGGAGUUGUAAGCUGGGGAACAGGCUGUGCUGAGCCAAACCAUCCAGGAGUUUAUAGCAAAGUGGCUGAGUUUUUAGGGUGGAUAUAUGACAUUAUAGAGAGCUACUAAAGGCUGACGUUUGAAAGUAGAAGAGAAGAACGUCCUGACCCUUUUUUUUAAAUAAUGUUGCCUUUUAUAUUAUUUAUUAUAUUUUAUUACGCAAAGCCUCAGUAUUUACAACAAUGUAAAGAUUGUUUGUUAUUAUUUGUUUGGUGUUGUGUUACUCAAGAUAAUUGUGGUUUUACAAUAAAUGUUUGACAUUUACAAAAGGGGA